CUAAGAGUCUAGAUUCUAAUAUAACCAAACAAAUAACAAAUUGACUAUUGGAGUAUUGAGUGAGUCAAUGUAAAAUGCCAGGACAGUGCUACAAAUGUGGAUUUGAGUUUUCAGUUUUCAAGAAAGAGCGGGGAUGUAAGAACUGUGGCUAUGCUUUCUGUAACAAAUGUUUGAAUGAAAAGCCCAUUCCUGUGCCAAAGAAAAAUAACGAAAAGCACCAUGUCUGCAAUGACUGUUUUAAAGUUUUAACAGGUGCAGCGCCAGUGCUUAAAGAACAUGUGAAAUAUGAUUUACCUGAAGCUUAUGUGAAAAGAGUUGCUGCACUUGAGCAGCGUAAUGUGCAGCCUCGAGCAGGGGGUGCUGCACUUAAAUCUCAGGAUGGUAAAAAAAUCCCAGAGUCUCUCAUGAAGUUGGAUAAAGCAGAUAGAGAGAUUGCAUUGCGCCUAGAGAAGUUACGAGAAGAUGAUAAACCUAAAGAACCUAUCACUGAUGCCCAGCUUCAAGCCAGACUUGCACAGUUAAAGGGCCAGCCUGUUCAGUCUACAUCUAAUCCUGUGUACCAACCAGUGAAAAGAAUACCAGAGACACAACAGGUUGAUGACUUACUGGAGCAGCUGUCCGAGGAAGUGGCAUUGGAUGCUCGCUUGCCAGACCCUGCAGAGGAGGUUGAGGAAAGGCUGCGACGUUUCAGAGAUAGUGAAUCUGAAAGAUCUUGUAAACCUGGCAUUGAUGGUCACAACUUCAACCAGGAUGACAAGUCAAUAAAAGGGGAAAAUAAUCUCAAUAUUGUGGACAAAGGCAGACCUGUUAAGAAACUGUAUGAUAAAAAUAUCACAGGAACAUCCACACUGGAAGAGCAGGACUUGGAAGAGAUUCACAAGAUGAUAGCAGCGGCCGCUAAAGAGGUGGAGUCUGAUGCACAGAAGGCGGUUCAAGAUCUUCACAGAGAUAAGGAAUUAAUGAGCAGACUUAAAGUGUUACAAGCCCACAGAGAACAAAACAAACAUUCUGAUGAUGCUGCCUCUGUCAACUCUGACACUGACAACACAACUAAAAGCACUGAGAUCAGUCGGUCCUUGAGCACACAACUGGUAGACUCUGACCAGGACAGUGAUGACGAUGUUGCAGCAGCAGCGCUGGUCCAGCGUUACAUUGAAGAGACCAAAAUUGAUGAGGCAGUUGGAAAUUCAGGAAGACUCCCUGCCGAUGAGCCUGCUUUGCCCAUCCCAUCAAAAAGUUCAAAGACGAAAAAGAAGGCUGAAAAAACUGUCGAGCGAAAACAUUUAAAUUCAGAGCCCUCUACAAGGAAAGAAAACUCUGAUAGUGACUACGAUGAUAGUGAUGAACUCCCCUACUGCUGUCUGUGUACUGAGGAUGCCUGCAUCAGAUGUCGAGACUGUGACCUAGAUUUGUACUGCAAGAAAUGCUUUGUAAAAUGCCAUGAGAAAAUGGACAUCACUGACCACAGGACAGUGGCUUACAAAGCUCCCAAAGGCUACAGAUAGUGACUCCAGAGGCAGAAACAGCGUUGCUGAUUUACAUUUCUCUUUGCUCCAACAUUUACAUUAGCUGAAACAAAUUCUCAUUAUUGCUUUUACAAGCUUCCUCCAUUUGGGUUCUUGCUGCUGCCUUGGUGUUAAUAUAAAUGCUUGAAAAUAUUCUCUCAUGAAUCAGACUUAAGUCAUUGCAUUGAGUAAAAGACCAAAAGUUGAAAUACCUAAAUGAAAACAGCUUCAUUUUAAGUUUAUGAAUCACAUUUAAACUCAUAUCAAAUGUCUCAGUCACCUCCAAGUCAUAGCAGUCAUCUUGAACUUAUUGGCAAAAGCUUCCUUAUAGAUGAAAUAUUCCAGCAGCAAAAACGUAACUCCGAAACAUCCUGACCAUGUCACCUCACAUCUUGGGUUUUAAGAUUUAAAAAAUGUAUGUGGACUUGAUGAUAAGUUCAUUACAAGACUUGAGAACUCUCUAUAUAUAUCAGUGUUAUGUGCACAUUGUCUUGUGGAAUGGUGGGAAUGCAUUGUUAAAAGGUGACAAGAAUUCAAAAUGGAGGAUUAUAAACAAAAUAGUGUUGACAGUGUUAGUUAUGAAAUUAAGAUUAAAUUAUUUCUAAAACUAUGAUGUUGAAGUUUGUUGUAAAUGUACUGAUGAGAAAGUCUCAUUACGUAACAAGAGAUAACAGUUUGCCCUGGUAGUUUUAAACAUGGCUAUGUAAGAAAAUAGCUUCAUAAAGUAGCAGUAGACAGUCCUACUUAUUACCCAUAGCUCUCUUGGGUAAUCGUUGUAAGCCUCAUGUAUUAUAGUAGUUUGUCCAGGUGUUACUGACAGCACUUGGUAGGGUGAGAGCUUGUCUGCGGUAAACUUUGAUAGUCUAUGUUUGAACACAAAAACAACCUGGAAGUGCUUAAAAGCUCUAUGUGUAACAAGAGCUUGUAUGCAUAACCCUUGACAUUUCUGUGUAUAAUCAAGGCUCUUCACAUCUGUUGAUGUUCCUAUGUAUGGUUAUCAAGCCAGAAGAAAGUGAAGAGAAUACAGUGAAACAUAUUUAGGUUCUUACAAUGAUUUAAACCACAGACUUGGCAAAAUUCUUUAGCAGGGACACUGGUACCAAGCUAACACCUUACUUGACCAUCCAGACUUGCCAAAAAAAAAUUCUUUUUAAGUUAGUAGAAUGAGCAAUGACCUCUAUACACCAUUCAGCCUCAGGUGGUCAGUCGAGUCAUGUUCUCUAAUGCUGCUAUUGUUUAUUACAUGUUAUGUUUAUUAACUGAGACUAUGUUUUUCUCUUGGUAUUGCUGUAGCCAUAAAUAUUUGCCCACAUUUUGUUCUGAGGUACUCAAAUAGUUGUGAUAGGAUUUGAUGAACUGUCAUGUUUGAGUGGGUCUGAGUAGAUUCUACAUUUCAGUGCAAUGUUUCUACACUUUUUGAUUUAUUGUGAUGUACAAGUCAUAAUACCAUUCCAGUGAUAUAUUUUGUAAUCUGAGGUGAAGGUGUGGGUGUCCUAGGGAGAUGUAACACUGUUUCAGUUUGAUCUACUUCCAGACAAACCAGGCAUCUAGUGUUCAGUUUACCAAGACAUUGCUAUAGUAAACAAAAAUGUAAAAGAACCCAUUUAAGACCCUGAGAUCUAUAGGGCAGAUAAUGUUAGGUCAUCUGUUUCUAAAGCCCACAGUUAAAGAGGGUGUCAUGUGGCCAGCACAAACCGUUUACUUUCCCCAACUAAUGUCAGGCACCAUUUAGAGUUGCAUGGACUAAGGGGCAUCCUAAUAAUCCAGAGAUUCAAACCUGGGUCCUCUUGGUUCAGAAGCCAAGCACUUUACCACAGAGCCACCAUGCCCCAAAUUUCUAUAGACUUGACUAGUAUUGAAUUCAUAUCUCCAAGUCCCUUAAGCUAGUCUCUACCAGUUUGUGUCCCUUUUUAAAUUUUACCACUUCUAGUAACUGCAUGAAAAAACUAGAAAAGAAACUUCCGCUUUUAUUUCAUCUGCAUGUGUUCAUUUUUAGCACAUGCCACCAGAAACUUUUAUUUUUAUUGCUAUGUCACAAGCUGAGUAAGUAGAUUAACCCCCUUGGUCUGUCAACUCAUUUGCUUUCCAAGUAAAAAUAAAUGUAAUGCAGGAAGAAUCCCUUUGAGACCCAGAUGUAAGAGUGGCUUCUGUAGCAUGUUUCAAUUGUAGAAUAUGCCAUAGACAGUCACCCAUUUCCUGUUCAACAUUUCAUUACAAAUAAUAUUUUAAGAAAUUCUGCUGCACUGUAAAUAAUAUUUUUUUUAUGCCAUUAAAUUCAUUUGCUUGUCAAAUAAGUGUUGAAUUUACUUUGAACAUGUUAGGACAUUUUGUGGUAUGAACUCCUGGGAACUCCUCACACCAUAUAUAUACCAUUAAAGUCAUUUGCUUGUCAAAUAAGUGUUGAAUUUACUUUGAACAUGUUAGGACAUUUUGUGGUAUGAACUCCUGGGAACUCCUCA